AUGGUCUUGCCAAGAGAGCUCACCACGUCGGUCGACCGAUGGGCACCAAGUGGCACCUUCGAAUUCGACGGCAGCACCUCGGACCUCGCUUUACAGCUCUAUCUGCGCUCACAAGAUGGAGACGAACUCGCCCCACUGAUCCUGUCUUCAAUACCGGAUACCGUCACUUCGAGACUGAGUGAAGUGAACGUGGCGUUCGAGGAUUUGGACGGCUUCUCUCAGCGCGCCGUGCUCUGGGACAGCGGGUUCACAAUGACCCCCGACGGCGACGUGAAGCAGAUCUGGACACUCGACGGGUUGUCCAUAAGGGAGAUCGCGCUAACUCUGGAAGAGUAUAAAGACACCAACUGUACGGCUUUCAAGUGCACGCAACCGGAUGGUACCGCUGGCUACAACAACAAUCUCUGCACUGGCACGGAAAUGUUAACGGGGGUCAAGCGUCGUGGAGGAGCACGAGCAGGGCUGGGUCACGUCUUGGGCACAGUCGCUCGCUGCUAA